UUUUCCUCCGCUCGUGAAUUUGUUCGCGUUCGCCAUGGUUUCGUCGACGAGGGGGCAGAGGAUAGGCGGGGGUACAGGUGCCGCGAUUGCACAGCGGGAGCCUGGAAGGAAGGCAGUGGUGAUUCAAUAGCGGAGACAUCGAUCCCAUGGUCGCUCAGGCUGAAGAUGUGUAUAGAGUAUCGACAAGAAUUUGGGUGCAUAAGAAGGGGCUGGGCCUAUGUGGCUAUGUGUACGUCAUUUCCGAAUCAGAACCUGUUGUGGAGAUAUAUCACUUUCGUGUCUGAUGAAGCUGAACAAACGCUUGCUACUUUUCCAUCGAAUAUGCAAUCUUUAAGCCUUGGCCACAAUGCAAAAGCUAUCAAUCUGUGUAAGGUGAUCUAUUGUUCAGAAAGGUGCAACCAGUGUUUCUCUGUUGGUGUGUUACUCAGCACGCCAAAGUUAAGGGUUCUCGCACUAUCGAAGGCUGAUUCAACUGUCACAAGUUCAUUGAAAGAUGCCAUUGUCCACUAUCUUCCCUACAACCUAAAUGAGCUGAGUCAUGCGUACAUGCUACCGGGUACAGAUCUACAUGGUACAUGGAAGGGUAAUAUCGAGGAAAGGAUUAAGGAUACUUGCACUUGAUGAAUAUGGGGAACCAACUACAUAAACAAGGAACAUAAUAUACCAAGAAGUACUUGAUAAUCUCUAGAAAUAUUGUUUCAUCUGGCUCUCAAUUGCAAGUGGCAAGUAAGGUUACUUGUGACCGCCUGUCCAUGUUUGCCAAGGCUUCAGAUAAGUCGUUUACCCUAUAAUCCAAAUUCAGCUCCAGUGAUUGAGUAUGUACUAGAUCCUUUUGGAUUAGUGAGAUCACAUGACACGUACAGAUGCACUGUAUGAUGUACUGACAUGCAAGUCAGACCAAUUACAUUACGAAUCAAGAUCAUGCCACUGCGAUUAACAGAUUCAACAUAAAUUUCAAGGGGCAGUGGUUGCAAAAUCCUUGACCUGUCCAUAUAGGCUGGGACAGCUCUAGAGACUGAAGGUUUUGUUUAAGCGAUGCGAUUUCUGUUGAAUGGCAGCGUUAUGUUUCUCUGUGUGUCUGUACUCUGUAACCAACAGAGUGAACCCUACCUUCUGUUUUAACUAAGUUUGUGUAACUCCAGAUUGAUGUAACCAGUUCACUAACCAAUUGAUCAAUCAU